GCCCGAGUAAGCAUUUGGUCGAAUCGGCUGAACUUGCUAGUCCUAGUCCUGAGGAACUAGAUUUGACAGCCGCGACCUCUUCUGAAUCUGCUAUGAUCCGCGAGCGUCGCAGUACUGCAGAGGCCUCCUUGGCGCUCAUCGCGUUGAGUCGCUGUGUCACGGAGAUGAGCAAUGUAUGCUUCGACGACAAGCAUUACGAAGUGAAUGACGUGGACCUGUUGUCCCGAAAAGUGGGGAACGUCGUCAUGCGCCUUGUGCGACAUCUGGCUUUACGCCGACAGGAGAUCGAGAAGCUAGCAAGACGGCACAUCCUCGUCCCCGCCGAAGCAUUGGAUUUCUUCCUUCAACAGAUGAAUCUUCAGAUGGACGCCGACCACGCAGGGCGAGGACAAGUAACAGGUGAAGAAGAAGCCGCGCUCGCCGUAGGUGGAUUUCUCUUUUCGAGCAAGCAGCCACCACUAGUUUUGCGCUGGUGCACUCACCUACUCCUGCCGCACUUGAUGGAGACCAGCAGUAGUUCUUCUGGGUUCCCAUUAACAACGUUCUUUUCAACAUUGAAGGUAACCUCUGACCAGCUACCGGCCGCGCUGACCUGCACCACACUCGACAUGCUUUUGAAUUUGAAAUGUUUGAGCCAAUUUACCUACAAUGAUGGCGUCACGUGGUGUGCGCCACCAGCGAUCGCUUCGUGGUCAGGCAGUGUAGCCGCGAAGAUCUUCUUGUUGAACCUGCCAGACGAAAUCGAUUUUGACCUGCCAACAAGGUGUGCAGUUUUCGAAAAAGCUGCGAGCUUUUUUGCACAAACGGUCGAGGCGGUCUACGCAGAAGCGAUGGAGCCAGGAAGCCCAGCACAGACAACAAGCACAGCAAGCAUUACAGGGGAACAAGAAGGUGGCGAGCUUCCCUUCCUCGAUGCGCCAGGAGGAACCUCAAACUCCAUUCCUAUAAUUGAUAACGCGCGGAUUCAGCAAGAACAGCUGCGAUUCUGGCGUGCGGUUCGUUGUUAUUUCAUAUGGUGUGACUCGGCGGCGCGGGAGGAUCCUUUUUGGGCAGGUUUGCCGAUCCUAGACCACAUCCGUGACGCCGAGGCCGAAUUCUCCCGUUUCUUCCCAGUGGAACAAGGAAGUGCUGGCGUGCUCUUGCAAUCCCGAACACUCCGCUUCUUGCGCCAAUUGAUUGCGACCACAGAGCAAAACCAUAGUUCUUCAACUCAAUUGUCUUUAUUACGGCCUGUAUCGAAAUCACGAUCGAUCACUCAGCAGUGCUACAGCACACUGAACCUGAAAACACGGAUCUCCCUAAAAUAAUCAGGUGGUAAGUAUUUUCCCCGAUAGGAUUUCAGCAGGGAAAGAGAGGAACGCGCUUUAAUAUCACAGGAGCGAAUUUGACAAAGAGAUAGAGAAGUUUGUUAAAAAUGAUGUUUCGUCUCGACAUCAUCAUUUGAUGCUCUAAUAUUUGGAAAAUAUGGAGGAAAAAACGCGGUAGAUGCCAGCGGGACCUCAGCCUCAGCCAUGGUCGCACAGUAUCAGUCGUUGUGGCAGGAGAAUCCAGCUGAGAUGCAAAGUUCCAGGUCAUCCUCCCUUUCUUUGAAAAAAGAAGUCGCGCCACAGCAUGAAACACUCGACUUUGACGCACCUGCUCCAGGCACUACAACGCAACACGGACUAGCACUGCAAGCACAAGAUCUUGCUGCGCCUGCGGUAAUUCCAGAUGAGUAUCGAUGCGCGAUCGACGGAUCGUUGAUGGAAACGCCGGUUUGCUUCACGUCAGCGACACUAUCUGCAACUGGAGUCAGCAUAAUUCGGUACGAACUAAGAAAUCUCCAGCAAUGGUCCCAAUCACACGGAGACGUCUGCCCAGUGACAGGCGAGGCUUUCAGUCCCGAAACCCUUCAAAUAGACGCAGCUCUGCAAGGAGAAAUAGCCGCCUUUCGCGAAACUCUCUACGGACAAGGGGGUGGAUCAGUGGUGGCAGAUACCUAGAGGAAGCUACACCUUCUAGGGAGCAGCAGGGGCGCGCCCGAGUACUUGCUUGCCUGCUCCUUAUUACCUACUCGAAGAAAAUGAUCACUCAAUUUUCUUUCACGUUGACAGACUCAACGAUUACGAUGACACGUUCACUCGUUCUUCCCUAUCUGUUGUUGUUGGUGCGACAAUAAAGUCCACGACUUGAUGGAAUUACACUCUGAUUUUGCAUUUAGGCUCGAUCUGUACAGGUACUUACAAAAAGCCCAAGCGUUCUUGUUCUUGUUCAUCAUGAUUUCUUGUUCCACCAUUUCAUUUUAUUCCGCGAAAGCACUUGUUCUUCUGAC